CUAAACAUGGUUGUGUAAAGGCACUCAACCGCGUCAGAAUAAACUAUUAAACUGAACAAGUAUUUUCUUUCAGUAUAUGAUAAUACGAUCGCAUACCGUGGUUUUCGAAACAUGUAAAUUAGUAAAUAUGGGCGAGGUUGCAUGAACCCAAGUUUUAGGUUGUAUGACUUCCUGAUCUGGACUUAAAACAGGAUUUACGAUGGCAGGGACCGCUGGGGCAGCCCUUUUUGGGAUUGUCUUGCUGUCUGCGUGUCCAGUUGUUGAUGCAGCAGACACUACGGGUUUGAUCAUAGCCGGAACCGUCGCGGGGGUAGUUUUGCUCUUAUUGUGUGCUGGAGUGGCUAUCGUCUGCUUCUAUAAGCGCCAAAGUCUGAAUGAGCAGGAAGACAAACAUCGGCACAGAAAGAACAAACAUAAGGUGUUUGUAGCUAAUGGGGUCCCUCCUCCACAUAAGCAUUAUGCGAAACGACAUCACGCUAACGGUUUCAUACACAAUUCCGCACCACAGAUGCCACCUCCGCCCAUGAUGACUUCUGUGCCUAUGCCAAGACCGCCGCCGCCGGCAUAUGUUGAAUCAGUACCUGCGCCGCCAUUAAGAGUACCAUAUGCCACCUACCACGGACCGCCGCCAGAAAUGCGGUAUCAGAUGCAAGGUCAGUCUAGACCCGGAACGAUGUCCGGUCCGCCACCAAUAGUGAUUCCUUUUGAAACGACCGGCGGUGCUGGUGGAACCGUUACUGUCAGACCGGACCCACGACCCGUCGUCCACAAAAGGUCAAAAUACAAGAGACGUGAACGGAUAGAUACAAAUGACGAGCAUAGAAGAUCUCCAAGUAAACACAGGUCGCCGAGCAGACAUAGACACAAGUCACAAGAAUUUAUUGUCCAGCAAUCGUACGACGGAAUACCUGUGAUCCGACCAGUAAUAUAUAUUGACGACGAUGAAGAAGAUAGACAUAGGCACAGAUCAAAAUCACGUGAUCGGCAUCAUAAGAAAAAUACUCCAUCUCCAAAAGAAGGAGCUCAAAUAACUGAAAUAUCGGAUGAGCCUCAGGUUACAAUAAUACGUGCUGAAGCAGAGGUAAACACUGACCAAACAUCACAGUCAAGAAUAUUAACUCCGCCUCCAACACAGACGGAGAGAUCACGUGCCUCGUCUGUAACAGAGGCUGUCAAUGCAUUGCGCAUGUCUGUAAAAGAUCAUCUUGACGAUGACAAUGUUUCCACGUCUUCUCACUCAUCAAAGGCACCAUCAUUUGGAUGGACACAAAGUGAGCAACGAGCCCCAGACCCUGUAGCUGGUGAUGUUAUUUUUUAUCCUGCUGGUACGCAAGUAGAGACAAGCCGUCAUACUGAACCUCAUGCUAUACAAAAAGAAGAUGUUUACAGCUAUACCAAAGUAAUAAGAUCUUCGGCAAAAGCUUCAGAACCCCUGCCGCCAGAAAGUCCAAUACCAGCCCGGGAACCAACUUCUCAUUCAAAUGAAGGCUACGAAGUUCCAAAGGAUAUAAGACGAUCGGCAACAGGCACUCGAGAUGAAGAGAAGCAUUAUCAAACAGAGCACGACCCUGUGAUAGGUCCCUACAGUGAUAUUGGCACAUCCAUGUCAGAUCGCCUGCAACAUCUAGUAGAAGAUGGUGACAAAUCGAGGUUCAGCCACUACAAUGUGGGAGCGAUCAAUUUCGCCGAGGAGGAGGGGGAUGAGGAGCCAGUUCAGAUGAGAGUAAAACGCCCCGACACCCCUCCUUCUGAUAUACCACGUGAGAGCUUCUAUUCAAAAGUUAUAAAACGACCAAAAUCACCACCAAAUGAUAUACCAAUAGUAUCUCCUAGAGAAUCAACCGAAGUUCCUCCAUUAAAUCUUACAAGCACAGUGAAUUCACCCCGUGAGCAAAGUUACAGACCAUCGACCCCUCCCAAAGAUUUUCCCAUUACUCCACAGUCAUCUUUUAUAAGACCACGCCCUAGUACCCCUCCAACAGAUUUUCCCAUGACACCCAAAGAUUCUGGUGUUUCUGCACGUCCAGCUACACCACCAUAUGAUGGAUUAGACACAAGCAGGGUAGGAGAAACACAAAGGUCAACAGCAGUUGACCCGACAACAGGUGAGCCAGGAUCGUUCCAGGCUCGGCAGAGGCUUAUUGAAGCUCAUUUAAUGAAGAAUGCUCAACCAGGACCUUCAGGUAGUGGGGCUACUGCAAAACCUGCUCAAAGUUCAGUCCCUAAACCUGCAUUCACCCCUGCACCUCAGCCCCCACCUGUUCCUGUUGUUACAGUAACACCAGGUGUGGUUCCCCCUGCACCUCCCCCACCCCCUCUUCCUAGAUAAUUCCCUUAGGUAAAUCAAAUUUCUAACUUUAUAUAAUGUGCUACCUUCAUGUUUGUCUCUCCGGUAACCAUAGUUACACUACUAGUAUUUCAAUACCCAUACUAACAAUCAUCUGAAAAGAUUUAAGCUGAUUCGCAUGUGAUGCAUACACAGUUACCCCUGUGACAUGUAAAUAAAGAACUCUUGUUAUUAGAUGUAUAUCUGCAAUAGUAUAUGUACUGACAAUGAUCAUGUAUGUUAUAUUUGCAUCACCUGUUGAACACUGCUUUAACUGGUUUGUAUUUAUAGAAGCCAUCAGUGGAAGUUAUUGGUUCAGUCAAAAUAAACUUUGUGUCACACUUUUAUAGCCUUUAUAAAUGGGGGAAAUUUGCUUUUCUCGGAAAUGAGGAAGGUUUUUAUUUGUUGUUACUUCAAGAUAUUAAUGAAAUGGCCACUUUUUUAUUAUCAGAUUUCAGUUUGUACUAACGGCAAAUUUAAAGUAUGAACUUUAUUUCAGGAAGGAAUAAAUUUUUAAAAAACGCAGUGACAUUUUUUUUAACAAACGUAUUUUAGACCAAUGAACGUCUCUCUAAUUAUGUAUUGCAAAUAGCAGUAUAUGAUCUCAUGUUUUACCUGAUGCAUUGCAACAAAUUAAAUGCAAAUUUUAUCUUCCUGAUGCAAUGAAGUGUAUUAUAUUUUCACCAUUUACCAGGUGUAAUAAAGUCUAGUGUGCUCAUGUCACUUCUCAUGUAUUUACUUAUUUCUUUAUAGUGAAUGGCUUUCAAAGCUGAUUAUAAGUCAUGUUUAAAUGUAUAGAAAUGUGUGUAUAGUUCAAUCUUAUUUCAGUACAAUAUCAUCUCUAUAAAACUGUGUACUGGAGACAACACUGAUUGCCAAAAACGUUAUUAUAUACAUGAUAAUUAAGUUACAUAAACUGCAACUGUUGUUGCAGAAUGUAUGCACAUAUUAUGCUCACAACAUAUUGUCAAAAUUUCAUAAUACAUGUACUGUUACCUGCGCCUGGGUUUUGUAAUGUUUAUAUAAAAUGUAUGGUCUAAAUCAAGCUCUUGAUACUGUGCAAUACUCUCAGAAUAGCUUGAGUCAAAAAUUCAUUUUUAUUCAGAUUUUAUUCUUACCAGGGUCAGUUUUUAAGUAAAUAAAAUGUGUAUUUAAAGUAGUAAGUCUGAACAUUUGAAGGUGUUGAGUGUAUUUAUAAUAUAAUCAGACUUUUCCGUAAGUUAUUUCAUUGACUGAAUCUGUUGUAGCAUCUUUUGUGAGAAGUCAAAAUCAUGAUUUUCAUCAUUUUUAAAUUAUUUGUGAAAACAGACAUUUUGAUUAUCAUUUUUGUUUACAAAAUUGGGUUUUCUCUGAAAACAUACAUGUUUUAAGCAGUAAAUGUUAUUAACAUGUCAGUUUUAAUUUGUACAGUUAUUUUCUACUCUAAACUGCAGUGAAGUACAUAUUUCACUUUUUUUAUUUAUCAAGCAUAUAGAUUUUUAUUGCCUCAAAGAAAACUGUUUGUAAUACUCCACUAUACUUUAUAUUACAAGAUGUAUUAUUCAUAUAUUUUAUUUUGUGUAAGUUUUUCAUAUUUGUUGAUUUUAUCACAAAUUUUAUAGGAAUAUAUCUUAAGUGGUGUAUAUAAAUAAGUUAAUAAAAUUUCUACCUAAGUUUUA